UAUAUAGUGCUAUCCUCCUAGGAGGGAGCGUCGCGGGGCAUAUAUAGCGCUAUCCUCCACCAGGCAAAAAUUAUCACUUCUUUGCAGGUUGCGUAAGCAUUGGCGCAACAUCAUUCAUCAAUUUGCUCGGUUCUUCUUGUGAGGGUAUAUGUGCAAGCAACUACUUCCACUGACAUUAUAUCUCGCUGAAUUCCAUGUUGAAUCAUUUCAAUCUCGUGCCUGGAUCAUAUGAUCAAUUCAUCAUGAUGAAAAGAGUUCUCUUGAUGGAGAACAAUAACUGUCCACAAAAUCAUCCGAGUUGCCAAUUCUUUCCUCCUCCAUCGGCAUGGAUCGAUCAAAAUCCCGUACCAUACGAUGACUAUAAAACUCCAACGUGGGUUAUUGUUGGUUUAGUCAUUGUUGCGGUCAUGCUUUGUGGUUUCCUUUUCUAUUGCAUUUGGCGCAAAUGGCCGCUGGGGCCGCCGGGGCCGCCGGGGCCGCCGGGGAAGGAUGGGCCUCAAGGGCCACAGGGACCAAAGGGGCCGCAGGGGCCGCUAGGGCCACCGGGGCCACAAGGGCCGCCGGGGCCACAGGGGCCACAAGGGCCACGGGGGCCAAAGGGGCCACGGGGGCCAAAGGGGCCGCCGUGCAAGUCGUGCAAGUCGUGCAAGUCGUGCCAGUCGUGCCAGUCGUGCAAGUCGUGCAAGUCAUGCCAGUCGUGCCAGUCGUGCAAGCCAUGCAAAUCGUGCCAGUCAUGCCAGUCAUGCAAGUCGUGCCAGUCGUGCCAGUCGUGCAAGUCGUGCCAGUCGUGCCAGUCAUGCGAGUCGUGCGAGUCGUGCGAGUCGUGCGAGUCGUGCCAAUCGUGCUAGUCUUGACAGCCGUGCUCGCCAGGGCCGCCGUGUCAGUGGCUGUGAGGGCAACAACAGUGGCAAAGCAAGGGUGGCAACAACUGCAGUGGGGCAAUUAGCCGGCACGGAUGGCCCAUUUAUUUGUGAGAAGUGCAAGCAUGGAAGAGUACCAGCUUGUCUAAUCUAGACAAUAAUUGAGACAAAAAUUACAAUAGUCUUUCUUAUCUUAUUGUAUGCUUAUGAAUUUAGAAGCUUCUAUUUAUGUUUGUGUGUGAAACUUGAAUGAUGCACAGUGAUAGAUCAUCUACUCUACUAUACAAUGUUGGAGAUUCGACGCGAUGAAUAACUUUUGUGUUGGAGGGAUUUUCGAAUUUCUUACAUGAACAGUUUUAUGGUCAUCAAUAAAUAAAUUUUUCAAUUAUAA